GCCCAUCUCAGCAUCACCAACGCCAUGGCAGCUCGGCUCGGGUACGUAGGCCUCGGCAACAUGGGCGUCCCCAUCGCCCGCAACCUCGCAAGAUACGCAGCGUCCUCGGGCCUCCCGCCUCUCUCUUUCUGGAAUCGUUCCCAGGCCAAGUAUGAUCUAGUCAGACAAGAUGCCCCCGACGCCUUCUACGCCACAGACGUCGAAGAUGUAGUCAAGAGAUCCGAUAUAGUGUUCACCAGUCUCCUCAAUGACCAAGCAGCCGAGGACAUCUACGGCAAGAUGUUCAAGGCGACUGAGGGCAGGAACGUGAUCUUUGUGGACCAGUCGAGUGUAAAGGCUCUCACCACGGGAAAGCUCUCGGCGGAAGCGCAGACCAUUGGCGCUACGUACAUUGCUUCUCCCGUCUUUGGCCGUCCCCCAGCUGCCGAAGCUGCAAAGCUCGUCAUCGUCCUCUCCGGUCCAGCCGAAGUCAAGGACAAGAUAAGGCAAUACUUGGUGCCUGCUCUAGGCGAUAGGGUCGUUGAUGUCGGCGAAGACGUCAAGCUUGCGAGUGCUCUCAAGAGCAUCGGCAACUCGGUCAUCCUGGGCUGGAUCGAGCUCAUGGCAGAAUCAUACACCCUCGGCGAUGCUGUGGGUCUCGAUCCCUCCGUCUUUAACGACCUACUCCACAAACUCAUUCCUGCGCCACCUCUUCUGGCGUAUGCCGACUCUGUGGCCAAGGGUCAUUUCCCAGCAGGCGGUUUCUCUGUAGACGGUGGACUCAAGGAUGCCCGCAACAUGCUUUCUCUUGGUGCCGACCUUGGUCACCCCUGUCCUCUCCCCACGAUCCAGCGUGCACACGACAAUCUCGAGCGCGCACAAGAGCUUGGAGGGCCGAACCAAGACUGGGCGUCGCUUUCGGCUGCUGUAAGGGAGCAGGCUGGUUUCACGCCUUAUCGGGAGGAUAAAGGACAAUGAACCCUACUUGUCACUCAUUAUCUUUGCUCCAUGGGGUGCUUGCAAUGAAGAUGGAAGACUCGUGCUCUUUGUAUGAUAUUGAAUCUAUGCAUCAUCACAGGCG